GCGCUGCUGUGGCAUCAGUGUUUGCAGCAGAAGGAUAUGAUGAGUGCUGCAGUCCUGUGGGGCCUGCUGGUCCUGCUCUGUCAGCGCACAUUGGUGAGCGGACACGUACUGGGACGACCGUCUGCGACCAGCGACCUCGCCCAGCUCAAGACUUUACUGCAGCGUUUUGAGGAGACUCUGGCUGAAGCCGCCCCGGAGGAAGAAGACUCUGAAGCCGAUUAUAAUCAGGAGCCCGAACAGAGCCAGACCGGUCGAGGGUGGAGCCCGGAGCACGAGGUGGAGCAGGAAGCUUCGAUACCAGAGAGGUCUCAGUCGGCAGCUGAGGGCCGCAGCAGGACGGCGGCGAGCGUGAGGAGCCUCCUGCAGGACCUGCUCACCGCCAGGAAGCGAACCUCCGGGUGCUUCGGAGCCAGAAUGGACCGGAUAGGGAACGCCAGCGGACUGGGAUGCAACAACGGAAGAGGGUAAUCGGAGAGUUUCCGGUUUAAUCGAAGACACGACACAACGAGGAGGACCUCUGCGUCAGUGACACUUCAAUGUGUGUUUAAAGUGACCAAGAUGAUUUCUGAUUUAUUCACUGAGUAAAAUGAAUCCUCCAAAAGAGGAAGUGUGAGUCACGUCUCUGCAUGUGGGGAUACUAACAAAGACAAAUAAAACUAUUUUUUU